AUGUUAGCACAGAAUAAUCGAGUGGAACCUACUGAUUCUAAUGCUCAUGAAAAUUCUACAUCGGUUCAAGGACGACACACAAGUUCAUCGGUGAUCAAAUCUCGACAUUCUUCAAGUGAAUUAAUUAAUCAAGUCGAUUAUAGUGAAAAUGGAGUGUUACCUCACGAAAAGAAAACUCUUAAGCGAAACCUUGGUUUAUUUUCUGGAAUCUCAUUUAUAGUUAGCAUGAUCAUUGGAUCUGGGAUAUUCAUAUCCCCAAAAGGUGUUCUACGUGAAACACAAUCAGUUGGUCUGUGCUUAGUAAUAUGGGCAUUGUGUGGAUUCAUAGCUUUAUUAGGCGCAUUAUGCUAUGCUGAAAUAGGAACAAUAUUGCCAUUGAGUGGUUCCGAAUUGGUUUAUAUGAAAGAAGGUAUCGGAUCGGUUCAUGCUCGUACUGGUGACGUGCUUGCUUUUGUUUUCAAUUGGGCGAAUACAUUCAUUCUUCAACCGUCAACUAUUGCUAUUCUUUCUCUAACAUUUUCAACGUACUUUUUAUCCGGAGUCAUGGACAGUUGUGGUUCACCGAUAGAAUUAGUCAAAAUAUUGGCAAUAUUUGCCAUAGUGAUCCUCGCUAAUGUAAAUGCUUUAAGUGUGACUGCAGCCAAUCGGCUAAAUAUUAUCUUUGUCAUUUUGAAAACAAUAAUUAUAUUAGUAAUCGUUAUGGGUGGUCUCGUAAGAAUUGGAAAAGGUUAUACUGAAAACUUAAAAAAUGGCUUCGCUGGUACAACAAAUAAUCCAUUUAGUGUUGCACUUGCUUUCUAUUCAGGUCUUUGGGCUUACGGAGGGUGGGGUAGUUUGAAUACGGUGACUGAAGAAAUUAAAAACCCAAAAAGAAAUCUAUGGUUGUCUAUUGUAGUGGCUGUGACAUUAACUAUUAUUGUAUAUGUACUCACCAAUAUAUCCUAUUUUACAGUGAUGAGCAAAGAUGAAUUACUUAACUCCAAUGCUGUUGCUGUGACAUGGGGAGAGGCCGUACUGGGCCCCGUUUCCCGUGGACUGCCAAUCUUGAUAUCUGUGAGUACAUUGGGCAAUGUUAAUGGAUUGCUGUUUUUUUCUGCUCGUUAUUGUAUGGUCGGCGCACGUUACGGUUAUUUACCUGACGUUUUCUCUUGUAUUCAAAAGCAACGAUUAACACCAUUACCCGGCAUUUUGCUUCAGACCAUUUUUGCCAUCUGUUAUUGCAUUCCAAGUGAUAUAGAUAGUUUGAUCACACUUUUCAGCUUUGUUUCUUGGGUUUUCACCGGACUAACAUUUUUUGCUACAGUCUGUUGUCGAUUUACGAAGCCUAAAGCUCAUCGAACCAUUAAAGUUCCAAUGCCUCUAAUUAUGGUGAUGUUAUUAGUUGCUCUCUAUCUCAUUAUUGCGCCUGUCAUAUCCAGUCCAAAUAUUGGUUUUCUUGUUGCAGCACUUAUUUUACUUGUCGGUUUAAUAUUCUAUUAUUUGUUUGUUUUUCGUAAAAUGCAACCAACAUUUAUGAAAAAAAUGAACAGUUUUCUUCAAGAAUUUUUCGAUUUAACACAAGCAGCAGUCAAUACUGAAGUUUAG